AAAACACGCGCUCGGACACCUGGCAGCGCGACCGAAACGCACUUGUUGAGCCGAUGUUAGCGACGGAAGGAAAACACAUGCGGAGUGAUCGAGCAUCCUGUGUGAGCAAUAGCCCGGCCCUCGCACGCCCUUUGUCAUGCUCGAGCCCCUUUACUCCCCUCUCCUGCAGUGUCAUGGCCGCCCACUAGCCCUACGGAGACGCAGGCCCGAGAUCCCGCACAGGAGGAUCUAGUCAGAGAGAAGUGUGUGGCGAUUCUCUUCCGGAGUGCGUCUUCAUGUAUUCCUAAGCAUGCACACAAUAUGGAUGCGGGGAGCGAGCGUGAGUAGUACUGGCGGCAGUGGCAUCGGCAAUACAGUGACUAUGGGGGGCGGCCUUCCCCUUUGGAUCCCUUAUUGCACGCAAUCGGACAGACGCGUUUCUACGACUUCGAACGAGUUCUCUGGGAGAGGAGAAUGUCUUAAGCUGAUCCGGGAGCUGAACCGAGAGAGCUCUCACCACCGGCACCUGGCAGUAGGUCUCGGGGGAAGUGGCGACUGCGAGCGCCUGAGGGAUGAACUCAAGAGGUCGAGACGGAGGGCUCAGGACCUCGCCAGACAAGCUAAGCUCAAACUGGACCCGCACUUACAAGAUGUUGAAGCUGGAAAGCCAGAGGUGAUCCGUCUGUGGCGUCUGCUGUUCUGCUGCAUCCGCGUGCUGGAGCAAGAGAUGUUGCGAACCCUAACUCUGCAACACACCUUUACCUUGCACGUGGGCCCAACGGGUCUCAUCAACACGGGCGUGCACGAGUAUGGGCAAGGUUACCGCGGUGGCUCGUGUGUUGACAGCAUGGACCUGCCUCUCGACGACAGACGAGCCCUUGAGAGAGCCGAGGUCAGCCAACUCCACAAAGAACUCAUCGACCUCAGAAAUCUGGUAAACGCCAUGGAGGGAAACCUGGACAUGAAGCCUUGGAUUUUAGGGGAAAUAACCGAAAAGCAAAUUCUGGCGGCCAUUGGCGAGGACUCGACUUCGUGCCUAGAAACGAACGAAGAUUCCGGCCUUUCGGAUAUGGAAUCGGAGGGAGGAGGCAGCGAAACAAGUGUCUGUCGGCGCCGAUGUUUUUGCUGGAUAAUGACCAUUAUUUUUGGUCUCCUGGUGUUCACCUUUGUGGGAAUAUUCAUCGCCAUCGCCUCAUAACGUCCUCAUGAGUCAAACCAAGUUGUCUUCCUCAUCAUAAGUCAUAAAUUUACUCAUGUUAAGUUAAUGUAGUCUGGGAAUUCUCGGUGAAAAUAA